AUGUCCCAUACACGUUCUAGGAAUGGUUCCGAGAGGCCAAAUUAUGCCAUUGAUCAAACUGGACUAAAUAUCCCAGAAAACGAUAACCUUGAUGACGAUUAUAAAGAAGAGGAAAAGGCUAUUAAAGAUGAAGAUAAUGGUGAUGAUUAUGGUGGUGACGAUGAAGAUGAAGAUGAAGAUGAUGAAAAAAAAGGUAAAGUGUCUCGUGAAACACAGUACUCAACUACACCAAGAGUUACAGCCGGUAGACGUGGUAGACCUCCAAAGAGAAAGUACAAAAAUACUGAUGAAGAUGGAAACUCAGUUACAGAUGCAUCCGAAACAGAAAGAUCUAGAAGUAACUCGGUUGUUGAUGGAUAUCCGGCCACUAAAAGAUACCAUUUCCCUUAUCCAGUGGAUGAAGAUGGGAACCCCGUAGCAGUUGUUGGUGAUGAGUAUGACCUUCCAGAAGAUGCAGAAGGUGAAACAAAGAUUAAUGUGGAUGGUGAUUUAUUAGGUGGCAGGAAAUUCUUGGUCCGUUCAUUUACCCUAGCAGAUAAAGGUAAUAAGAAAUAUAUGUUGUCAACAGAACCUGCUAGAGCCGUUGGGUUUAGAGAUUCUUAUUUAUUUUUCCAAUAUCAUUCAAACUUGUAUAAAUUUAUUAUAAGCCAGGAACAGAAAAAUAGUUUAAUUGAUCGUGGUGUGUUACCAUAUUCGUAUAGAAGUAGACAAAUUGCACUUGUUACUGCAAAGAGUGUCUUCAGAGAAUUUGGUUCAAAAAUUAUUCAAAAUGGUAAGAAUAUAACAGAUGAUUAUUAUGCAACAAAAUUACGGGAAGAAGGGAAAGUUGUCGAAGGUUCAUUAUCUAGAGAACCACCUAAGAAAAAUUUAGCAAAGUCCACGGAUGAAAGUUCAGAAUAUUAUAAUACGAAUGGUAUAAAUCCAGCGAAGAAUACAGUUGAAUUUUUCGCUGAAAGAACUCAAAGUCACCGCCAUAAUGCCGACAGCACCUUGACUCCUAGUAAUAAUCAAAUCAAUGCUACAAAUUGGUUAUACCAACACGCAGCUGCAAGUAGUAGGUUCAACAGUGAUAUGUACUACGAUAGAGUACGUGUAUUAUUAAUUGAAGGUCAAGGUAUUAGGGAUCCAUACACCAAUGUCUUACAUAUACCUGGUAAUACACAACCUUCCAAGGUCAUUGGGUAUUAUAAAGUAAAAGAUGGUAAGCCGAUACCUGAUAAUGCAUCAAUUAAGUAUGAAACAUUAAUUCGUAAUCAAGAUCUAACUAGAAACUGCACAGGUCUAAGCGAAAUACCGAAAGAAAUAUAUGAAGAUUUAUUAGACGAAAGUUUGAUCCAUGAAAUUGAACAACAGAAACAGUUUGAAGCAUCUUCAUAG